AAGAGCAGCACGAAAACCAAGGCGCGUCUACCGUUUUUCUCAGGGAAAUGGAAAUGGAGGAUCCUACUUUUGUCCCUCAACAUCAAAUGAACCCUGUGGACUAUUCAUUGGAUGAUUGUCUCAAUUUUCAAUCUUUUUCUACUGAGAGCUAUUCGUCUUUUUCGAUUGUCAAUCCUGAAAUUAGCACACAGAAUAUGACAGGUUCAGGUUCAUGUAAUAUUGAAGCCUCUCAGAUGAUUCAAGAAGACAUCGAAAAACCAGUGAAGCAGCUCAAGACCAAUAAUAACAAGUGGGAGUACUCCUGCGCGAGUAAUAAACAAAUAAUAUCAAAGCCAUCUCCCUCCGCACUCUCCAAGAUAAUCUAUUUCGAGAAUUCAGAUUCAUCGUCUGCUAUUCCCCAGCAGUGUUACGGCGAUCUAAACUAUGCUAUGACUUACAAAAAUGAGGGUGUCAAGAGGAAAAUUUGUUCAUUGACUAGAAGCCCUUUUCAUGCUCAAGAUCAUGUAAUUGCUGAAAGAAAGCGCCGCGAAAAGAUUUCUGAGUUGUAUAUGGCUCUCUCACGUCUUCUUCCUAGCUUGAAGAAGACGGACAAGACUUCUAUCCUUGGAGAUGCUAUCAUGCACGUUAAACAACUUCAAGAGCGAGUGAAAAUCCUCGAGGAAAAGGUAGCUGAGAAGAUAGUGGAAUCAGCAGUCUUGGUGAAGAAAGCUCAAAUUUAUGCAGACGAAGAGUCAUCUUCAUGCCAACCUAACCACUCAUCUUUGCCUGAAAUCGAAGCCAGAGUUUCAGACAGGGAUGUCCUACUUAGAAUCCACUGCGAAAAAAACAAAGGAUUUCUGGUGAAUCUGCUUCACCAAAUAGAAAAGCUUAACCUUUCUGUGGUCAGUAGCAAUUUCUUGCCAUUUGGACGUUCCACUCUCGAGAUAACCAUUGCUGCUCAGAUGGAGGAUGAGUUCCCAAUGACAGCCAAGGAUCUUGUGAAAAACCUGCGGCCGGUUUUGCAGCGGUUGCGAUUUGAACCAUUACUAGCACAUACUGAAAACUGACAUCUUUCAGUAGAUUGGAGAGGAUCAGAAAUAAGAUACGUUGACUAGCUAGGAGGUAGAGAUCGAGUGACGAGGCAUUAGUGAUGGUACGUAGUAGAAGAUUAGAUAUCUGAGGAUGAGGCAGUACUAGUACUGGUAAAUUGAGCGAGGAAUUGAUCAAAGAGUCUGUCUUUUGAUUCUAUAUAUGUUGAGUUUACUUGUAAAGGUGAAUAAUGUCCCUAACAUAAGAUGAGAGUAUCACUCAUAAGGGAAAUUUGUUGGGUUCAACAUUUGUGGAAUGUAAAGGGGCUUUUGUAGAUUUGUCGUCUUGGUUGUAUUGUUUGGGGGAUAAUUGACAUGUGGCUUCUGUUUUGAGUAUCUUUGUAAAUGAGUUUGUAAUGAGUUGAGGUCUCUUUGUGCUUUUUUGAAGAAAUAAAUUUUUUGUUG